GCCUUAUUUGCUGAUGUGACAAUGCAGGGACAAUGCACUGUUGGACAUUCCUGGCAGGACAAUGCAGCCCUGUGGAUAUGGGUAAUGCAGCUAGCAUAUUUUUUUAGCCUGGGACAAAAUGGCAGAUAUCAGACAAUCUGUUCAUACCAGUCACCAUGGAUAGCAGGAGAUACCUGCUGCAGAACAUGCAAAAUCCUCCACAAGUCAGCACACCUGUACUAGCGUUCUCCAAACUUUUAAUGUGUGCUUUACCCAUCGCACAGAUCGCCAUAGGAGCUGUGUUCCUGAGGGACUGCCCCCAGCAGCACUACAUCCCCAUCUACCUACUGGUGUUGGGGACAUUUGCGCUGUUGCUCGGGGUCCUGUCCUGUCUGCCUUGUGCUCGGGAGCCUGAGGACGGGGGUAACAGCACCCUCAGCACCAUUUGUAAUGUCUGGAACUCUAUGGUAUCCUUCUUCCUCUUCUGCUGGUUCAUAGCCGGAAAUGUAUGGAUCUACUCCAUCUAUCCCGCCAACUAUAAUCAGACCCAACCCAACAUGCCAUACUGUAAUAGGACAUUGUACCUGUUUGCAUUCUGGACUACCACAGUGGUUUACAUGUUGUUUGCAUUGUGUUGCUGUGUGCUAAUAUGCAUGUGUCUGUGUAAGAAGGCUGGGCCCCACAUGCAACACAGCAGAGAUGCCUGAGACAGGGUGGGAGCCUCUAUCCCUGAGCCCAAAUUGUGUUGGCUGUCUCUCUGUGGAACACUCCCAAAGGAAAGGACCUUGCUCCUUGUACACCAUCUAGUUCUUCAUCCUCUCUGGACCAUCCCCUUUAUUAUUUUCAUCCACCAAUAUUUCUUAUUGUCAUUAAACUAUAUGUCCACUUUAUUUAACCUGAUUCUUCUGUCACAUUGCCAGAGUUUUCUCCUAUAAUUCUCUGUACAAAAUAUUAUUUAACCUCAGAAGCCAACAUUUUUUAUUUAUAAACAUUUUAGUCAAAUUGUAAAUUUACCGUUGUUUGAGACAUACCUGAAGCAAGACCAUAGUGUGCUUGAAUGAGCCAGUGGUGAAGAAUGAAAACAAAGCUUCAUCUGUUGUCCUUGCGUUAUUGUAGCCCGUAACAUGGAACUGAUAAUGAACACAUAAUUUUCUAGAACAGUGGGUUCUGUCACCAACAUACUGUAUGGUACACAGAUUAAGAGGAAUAAAUACAUUGCAGUUAUUUAAUAGUGACAGUUCUACCUAUUUCCCAUUGUUUGAAAUUACUUCAAGCUGGAAUGUAAUUUUACAGUUUUUUUCAAAUGUUUAUACACUAACACCAAGACAUGAAACACAAUAACCAAAACCUUACACGUAGGUAUCAAACCCCUAAACCAUUUCUGCAGAAAUAUAAGCACAUUCUGUUUCCGCUCAGAUCACAAUUCUAUAUCACACCUUUUGUCAAACUUUACACAAUUUUCUACUUCUUACAAAUGUAAUUUCUUGUACUCACAUGGAAAGCACUACCAUUCAAAAUUCUAAACAAAAAUUACCAAUUGGCCACAUUACUUUCUCACCAGUUUGAGCAGUCCAGUCGUGACAGUUUCAAUUAGCAAUCACAACUUACACAUGAACAAAAGCGUGAAAUACAGAUGCCAGUACUGCAGUGAGAGGUAGAGUAAGAGGUGGAGAAGGAGGAUGAGAAUUAGGAGUUUUCUAACACCAUGCCCACCUUGGCCCCGACAGUACUGCCCAUCUGAUCACCUUUUAGACACCCUCCACAACAUCCUGAUUCCACCAGCACAGAUGGAUGGGCCAGAGCAGCCCAUGUAUGUUAUCAUCUGGGACAAAGUUAGUUUCCACCAGGCUGCUCUGGUCCAUAACUGGUCCUUUGCCCACCCCAGGGGGGUGGAAAGUAAAAAAAUUGUUCUUUGCUAAUGCAUUUAGUUCCUACACAAUUAUACACAAUGAUCCGAGGAAGACACUUUUUAACCACAACUUUUGACUCAUCAAAACCUCUGACGAGUCAUCAGAAAAUUUCAGUCUGUUGAAACUUCCUUUUUGAGACAAUUCCGGGUUUUUCCUCUUUAUUGGUAUUGAAGUCUGAAAGAACAAAAUGUAAUUUUCAUUCUCCUGAACUUGACAUUUCGCUGAACUGUCUGACAUUUCUUACACUC